AUGGAGAAGAAAAUGUUGAUGAAUUUUCUUAUACUAUUAUUGGCGGUUCUGGUUUUCUUUCACUUGUCCAUGGCAUCAAUGGAGAAGAAGAACGAUGUACAGAAACGAACAUAUAUAGUACACAUGGCGAAAUCCCAAAUGCCGGCGAGUUUCGACGAACACACUCAGUGGUACGACUCGUCUCUCAAAUCAGUCUCCGACUCAGCCGAAAUGCUCUACACAUACAACACCGUGGCCCAUGGAUUUUCAACCAGGUUGACUGUUGAAGAAUCUCAGUCACUCAAAUCCCAACCCGGGGUUCUCUCUGUGUUUCCCGAGACCAAGUACGAGCUUCACACCACUCGGACUCCUCACUUUCUGGGCCUCGACAAGAACCCAGAUUUGCUACCCAAGUCAAACUUAGUGAGUGAAAUUAUUGUUGGAGUGUUAGACACUGGUGUUUGGCCGGAGAGAAAGAACUUCGACGAUACCGGACUGGGUCCGGUUCCGAGUAAAUGGAAAGGGACUUGCGAGACCGGUACAAACUUCACUGCAUCGAACUGUAACCGGAAGCUAAUCGGAGCGAGGGUUUUCUACAAAGGCUACGAAGCCGCGGCCGGUCCGAUUGAUCCAUCACAAGAAACAAAAUCGCCGAGGGACGACGCUGGCCACGGGACCCACACCUCCAGCACCGCCGCCGGGUCCGUCGUCGUCAACGCUAGCCUCUUCGGUUACGCUUCCGGCUCCGCUCGAGGAAUGGCUUCGCAGGCGAGGGUGGCUGUCUACAAAGUGUGCUGGACCGACGGCUGCUACGGCUCAGACAUAUUAGCCGGCAUGGAUAAAGCAGUCGACGACAACGUCAACAUUCUCUCUUUAUCGCUCGGCGGUGGAUUUGCAGAUUAUUUGUCAGACACGGUCGCAAUCGGAGCUUUCGCGGCCAUGGAAAAGGGCAUCCUGGUGUCUUGCUCAGCCGGUAACAGUGGGCCGGAUCAAUACAGUCUCUCUAACCUUGCUCCGUGGAUCACCACCGUGGGUGCCGGAACUUUGGACCGUGAUUUUCCGUCGGUCGUUAGACUGGGCAACGGUUUGAAUUUCACCGGCAUGUCACUUUACAAGGGUGCUUCAUCGCCGAAAACGUUGCUGCCACUUGUUUACGCUGGUAAUGCUAGUAAUGCUACAAAUGGGAAUCUUUGUUUGCAAGGCACUUUGAUUCCUAAGAAAAUCCGUGGGAAAAUUGUGGUGUGUGACCGCGGAGACAAUCCUAGGGUAGAGAAAGGGGCUGUGGUGAAAGCGGCUGGUGGUGCCGGGAUGGUUUUGGUGAAUGGGCCGGAGAAUGGCGAGGAGGUGUUGGCAGACGCCCAUCUGCUGCCGGCUACGGAAGUGGGUUACAAAGCCGGCAAGCUAAUAAAGAAAUAUUUGUUUUCGGAUCGUAAUCCGACAGCCACGCUUCUUUUUGAGGGAACGAGGGUGGGGAUUGAACCGUCUCCGGUGGUGGCGGCAUUCAGUUCAAGAGGACCAAAUUAUCUCACACCGGAGAUACUCAAGCCCGAUCUUAUCGCACCAGGUGUCAACAUCCUAGCCGGUUGGACUGCUACAGAGGGACCCACUGAAUUACCUAUUGACAAGAGACGCGUUGAGUUUAACAUUAUUUCUGGCACGUCUAUGUCUUGCCCACACGUGAGCGGUCUUGCGGCAAUACUCAUGGCGGCGAAACCCGAGUGGAGCCCCGCCGCCAUCCGCUCCGCUCUUAUGACCACCGCCUACACUACGUACAAAAACAAGCACUUAAUCCUUGACGCAGCCAACGGAAAGCCAUCUACGCCGUUUGAUCACGGCGCUGGACACGUGGACCCUAUAUCUGCCUUUAAUCCCGGACUCGUCUAUGAUAUGGACGUCAACGAUUACUUGGGCUUUCUCUGCGCCUCAAAGUUCUCAGCGUCGGAUAUUCACACAAUCUACAGACAGAAUUUCACAUGUGACCCAGCAAAGAAAUACAGUUUUAGUGAUUUCAACUACCCUUCAUUCUCUGUACCUCUCCAAGGCACAAAAAGUGGCCACCGAUACCGAACCACAGUGGUGAACCAUUCAAGAACCCUCACUAACGUUGGCUCACCCACAACUUACAAUGUGUCUGUUCAUUUAAAAAGCAAAUCAGUUAAAGUUUUGGUUGAUCCAGUGUCCUUGAGUUUCGCCCGAUUGAAUGAGAAGAAAACUUAUACGGUGACGUUUACAAUCGGUUCAAGGCCAACUAAUACAUUUAGCUACGGAUGGAUCGUGUGGUCAGACGGAGAGCAUGUUGUUAGAAGUCCGAUUGCCAUCAGCUGGAUAUAUUGA